AUGAAAAAUAAACUGGGAAGCGACACUAUUGAAAGUGAGAGAUUCGUCGGUGAUUUAUCGGUGAAUCUGGUUCAGCAACAAACGCCGAAGACAACGCGUAAAGAAGCCAUGGCUCCCAAGAUUGUGGUGUGCCCGCCCGUUGAAGAGAUAAGUGUACCUGCUACAACAGCUCGUGGCUCUCGCUUAUUGAAAGCACUUAGCAAACGUCUCUCGCGGAGAUCGACUGACGACGACUCGUUUGGUAGUUCUAGUAGCAACGACAGCAUGUCCUGCGAGACAGGCCGGUCUGAGGAUCGUUCUUGCUCAGCGAGCGAUUCCAGUAGCGACAGCUCUGAGCGGCAUCGACGACACCGAUCAACAGUUUCUCUGCGGCGUGUUUUCCAAAAUCUUAGUCUAACGAGCCGGUCGCAAUCAUGUUCACCGUCGGAGCGUCAACGACAACCUAAGAAGCAAACACAACCAAAACGUAUUCUUCGGCCACCUGUAACCUACACUUAUGUCCGGGGCCUAUCCGGUUUACCGACUCAAAGAGUACCGCGACACACAGUCUGUUGUGCUACAUUAGGCCUAAAUCGGUAAAUUUAUUACGAAUUAUUAUUAAAGGAAAAAAAGGAUCGUGAAAGGAGAUCAAGACUGGUUAAGAAUUAUGGAAGAGUAUUAAACGCUAGAGAAAUGUUUUCGUCAUAUCAGUAGUUUCCAAAAUUUUCUGGGCCAGUUUAUCUGCAGUAACAUUGUCUUCAAAAAGGACCAAAAUUGAAGUGAUUGGAAGAUUUUUCAAAGAAAAAAGCAAGAAAUCGUGUUAUAGUGUCAGCUCUGACUUGUCUAGUUGUAUUUAAGAAAAACGUGAAAGACUGUGCUGGUGUAUGUAAUAGUAUAUAUAUCACACACUAAAAAUGUAACAUUUUCAUCGUUAUGUUUAUUAUUAUGACAAAAAAUAACUUGUAUUACAUGGAAUCAUGGAUGUAAAUCAUGCAUUAAUAGCUCACUCAAAUUUUAAACAUGUAAUACGAGUAUAAAGCGUUUAAGUUAUGAUUUAAUAAUAAGUGAAAUUUCCUGUAAGAUGGAUAGUGCCUUUCCAUUGUAUAAUGUAAUUAUAGUUCAAAAGCGUAUACACUUGUACUUUUAACUAAAA